AUGGAAAAGCCUUGUUCGAGGCGAAUACAAAUUUUGCAGAGUGCUUUCCUGGUGAUAUACUUCUGGUCGUUCAAGCGAAAGGACAACUCCCGGAUUAUUACUUCAACUGAGAUUAUCUUUCGAAUAGGCAAAGCAAAAUUUCUGUGUAAUGCUAUAUUUAUGGAGGAUAUACGUAGUUGUCUAAUUCCCCGUCGAACGUUGCCGCAACGUCGUCAUGUAGAGGAAGCAGAAUGGCUUUCCAAAAAUUGCUGA